AUGGGGUCGGCUGUGGAAGAAGAGGAGCAGUUUAUACGGAAAAAUUCAGUAGAAAUAACCGGAGUGCCGGAAGUGUCUGACGAAGAUGUGUUUCAAGUUAUAGAGAAAGUUGGUAAAGGACUAGGAAUUGAAGUAACCCAAAACAUGCUUGUAGGAUGCCAACGAUUCGGAGAGAAAAAAGGACCUGAAGAUAAAACAAGAAGCAUUGUCGUCAACUUUGCAAAAAGAAAACAUAAAGAGGAAUUUCUGCAGAAAAGAAAAUUGCGAAAGAUUCUUACAACCAAAGACAUUGAUUUGCCCGGGAAUACGUUCAUUUAUGUAAAUGAGAGUUUGAGUGAAGAAAACCGGAAAAUUUUGAAUGCUGCGAGGGACGUCAAGAGAAAAAAGGGAUUUAAAUAUUUGUGGGUGAGAAACGGAAAAAUUCUUCUUCGGAAGGAGGAAAAUGGAAAUGUUAUUACACUUUCGUCGUUAGAACAAGUUGCAUCUCUCUAA